CGAUGUCAAUAGCGUCAGACGUCAGAAAAAAGAUAAACGUAGAAGAAUUACAAAAGAUUCAAGAUAUUUACUAAUAUUACUUUACAAAGUGAUUCCUUAAUUCACACUUGUCUUUUACAUGGAUAAGUCAUUAAUAAACAUAUCUUGAUAUAUUGUUUUUGUUCUAAAAUGGUUGAAGAAGACGAAUACGCUUGUGUAAACAGAUCGCAGUUAAAAAUUAAGGAUAAUUCUGGAAUUAAAAAGAAAAAGAAGAAGAAAUCGAGUAAAGAAACGGAAAAGGCUAUUGAGAAUGAAGUGAAAGAACAAAUAAAACAACAGAAAAGCAGUAAUGAAAAGACAAAAGCUGAGCUUGCUUUCUUAAAGAUGCAGGAAAAAAUGAAAAAACAAAGAAUUCAACAAAAAGCUGAGAUGACUCACAAACAAAGAGUAGAGAAGUUCAACCAACAUUUGGACAGCUUGACGGAGCACUUUGAUAUUCCUAAAGUUUCCUGGACAAAAUAGUUACACUUUUCAAUAUUUGUAUAUUCAAGACUAAUUAAUUAAAAGUAAUUGGGUAGUUAUGAUUCUUACACCGUUGGCUUGCCAGUUACUUUGAGAAACCUUGGGCUACGAAUCACUUCCUAGCCAAUUAUUGUUUUAAAUGAAAAAAAUUCAAAAAACUUUAAUAAACAAA